AUGAAAAUGGUCCGUUUCUAUCUAGAAAACCUUUCACUCAUCACCAUCCUCAUCAUUGCCUUUUUUGUUUGGUCUUCAAGAUUUGAAUCUUGCAAUGCAAGACAAGACAAGUACUGGAGGCAAAGCAAAACUGCCCCAGCAGAGACUGUUUUUUUGCAGAAAGAAAAAGGUUAUGGUGUUAGCCACGACCAAAGCCGUACCUUCUCAAAGUUUGUGGAUUAUCAUUACAUUUGGGCUGAUGAAACUAUGGCAACAAACCAAGGACAGAGCUCUGCCACUUUCAAUGUCUAUGACUAUGGUGCUAAAGGUGAUGGGCAUACCGAUGAUACAAAGGCAUUUGAGGCUGUAUGGGCAGCUGCUUGCAAAGUAGAGGCAUCAACAAUUGUUGUUCCAUCUGGGUCUACUUUCCUUGUCCAACCAGUAUCUUUUGCAGGUCCUAAUUGUGCAGAAAACAUUAUAUUUCAGUUGGAUGGCAAGAUCAUAGCUCCUACUAGUGCUGGAGCUUGGGGAUCAGGGCUUUUACAAUGGAUUGAGUUCACAAAACUGAAAGGGAUCACAAUCAGAGGUAAAGGUGUCAUUGAUGGACAAGGUUCAGCCUGGUGGCAUGAACUACCAACACUUAGUCCAAACUCGGAGGUAACCGGUGAGCUCAGUAAAAAAAUGCCUGGCACCAAGCCAACAGCUCUAAGGUUCUAUGGAAGUACUAAUGUGACUGUCACUGGCAUAACAAUUCAAAACAGCCCUCAAACUCACCUCAAAUUCGAUGAUUGCACAAGUGUUCAGGUUUCUGGUUUCACUGCUGCAUCCCCUGCGAACAGCCCACACACAGAUGGAAUUCACCUGCAGAACUCCCGAGAUGUGCUCAUUUACAGCACAGAUCUUGCUUGUGGGGAUGACUGUGUAUCUAUUCAAACUGGAUGUUCAAAUGUUUACAUACACAAUGUAAAUUGCGGACCUGGACAUGGCAUUAGCAUCGGAGGGCUUGGAAAAGACAACACCAAAGCUUGUGUUUCAAACGUCAAUGUCCGGGAUGUUGCAAUGCAAAACACAUUAACUGGUGUCAGGAUAAAGACAUGGCAGGGAGGCUCAGGCUCAGUACAAGGCAUCACAUUCUCAAACAUUCAAGUUUCUGGAGUUGAAACUCCAAUCAUGAUUGACCAAUUCUACUGUGAUGGCAGCAAAUGCUCAAAUAAAUCUUCAGCUGUGGCUGUGUCAAAUAUAAACUAUGUGGACAUAAAAGGCACAUAUACAAGAAAUCCUGUACACUUUGCAUGCAGUGACAACUUGCCAUGUACUGGUGUAUCACUAGAUUCUAUAGAGCUGAAGUCAGUCGGAGAAGAUUCCCAACCUUUCUGUUGGAACACAUAUGGAGAACUGAAAAGUGUAACUGUCCCUCCAAUUAACUGCUUGCAAUCGGGCAAAUCAAGAAAGCCCAUUGUUCAUUGCUGA